AUGGCCGACGCUAUGGAGGAAUAUGAGAAAGAAGCUGGCUGCGUCCCUAUUCUCCACCCCGAGGAAAUCAAACCGCAGAGUCAUUACAACCACGGCUACAGUGAGACUGUUAGUCGUAAAAACCAUGUGGAUGACUACAGCACCUGGGACAUUGUCAAAGCCACACAGUACGGCAUCUUCGAGCGUUGCAGGGAGCUGGUGGAGGCGGGCUUCGAUGUUCGGCAGCCAGACAAAGAAAACGUAACGCUUCUCCACUGGGCCGCCAUCAACAACAGGAUAGACUUGGUCAAGUACUACAUAUCAAAGGGAGCCAUAGUGGACCAGCUGGGAGGAGACCUCAACUCCACACCCCUGCACUGGGCCACCAGACAAGGCCAUCUAUCCAUGGUGGUGCAGCUCAUGAAAUACGGCGCAGACCCGUCCUUGAUUGAUGGCGAAGGCUGCAGCUGCGUUCAUCUGGCCGCUCAGUUCGGCCACACCUCCAUCGUGGCCUAUCUUAUCGCAAAAGGACAGGAUGUGGACAUGAUGGAUCAGAACGGCAUGACUCCUCUGAUGUGGGCGGCUUACAGGACACACAGUGUGGAUCCCACUCGGCUGCUACUGACCUUCAACGUGUCUGUCAACCUGGGCGACAAAUACCACAAGAACACAGCGCUGCACUGGGCCGUGCUAGCUGGCAACACCACUGUCAUCAGCCUGCUGCUGGACGCCAACGCUAACGUGGAUGCACAGAACAUCAAGGGUGAAACGCCGCUAGAUCUUGCCAAGCAAAGGAAGAACGUUUGGAUGAUCAAUCAUUUACAGGAAGCGCGGCAGGCCAAAGGCUACGACAGCCCAUCCUACCUGAAGAGACUGAAGAUGGACAAGGAGUUCAGGCAGAAGGUGAUGCUGGGAACACCCUUCCUGGUCAUCUGGCUAGUUGGUUUCAUCGCUAACUUAGACAUUGACUCCUGGCUGAUCAAGGGCCUCAUGUACGCCGGCGUCUGGGUCGCUGUGCAGUUCCUCUCCAAGGCUUUCUUUGAUCACUCUAUGCACAGUGCUCUCCCUCUGGGAAUCUACCUGGCCACCAAGUUCUGGAUGUACACCACCUGGUUCUACUGGUUCUGGAACGAUCUCCCCUUUGCCACCGUCCACGUGCCCUUCCUGAUAAACACCCUGGCUCUUUUCUACAACUUUGGCAAAUCCUGGAAGUCUGACCCAGGAAUUAUCAAGGCAUCAGAGGAGCAGAAGAAAAAGACAAUUGUGGAGCUGGCAGAGACAGGCAGCCUGGAUCUGAGCAUAUUCUGCAGUACCUGCUUGAUACGGAAGCCCAUCAGGUCCAAACACUGUGCCGUGUGCAACCGCUGCAUUGCCAAGUUUGACCACCACUGUCCCUGGGUGGGGAACUGUGUCGGAAGUGGGAAUCACCGCUACUUCAUGGGCUACCUGUUCUUCCUGCUCUGCAUGAUCUGCUGGAUGAUAUACGGCUGCAUUUCCUACUGGAGGAUCCACUGUGCCACCAGUUAUGCCAAGGAUGGUUUCUGGCUCUAUCUGACCCAGAUCGCCUCCUGCUCUCCCUGGAUGUUCUGGAUGUUCCUCAACAGCAUCUUCCACUUCAUGUGGGUGGCCGUGCUCAUCAUGUGUCAGCUAUACCAGAUUGCUGCUUUGGGAAUCACCACCAACGAGAGGAUGAACGCUCGGAGAUACAAGCACUUUAAAGUCACAGCCACAUCCAUUGAAAGCCCGUUCAACCAUGGCUGCUUCAGAAAUCUCAUAGAUUUCUUCGAGAUCCGCUGCUGCGGUCUGAUCCGGCCCGUGACGGUGGACUGGACCACACAGUACACAAUAGAAUACGACCAGACGUCUGGCUCGGGCUACCAGCUGGUGUAGAGGAAGGAGAGGAAGAGAAGAGAAGGGGGGGUGGGCAGUCAAGCGGCGCCGGCUGGAAGGAAGUUUGGAAGGAUCACCCUCCCCACCCCCCGGCCUUCAUAUCGGAGCGAUGCUGUUUUCGGGAGCGCUUGCUUUUUUGGACCAUCUCUCCCUCACCAAUCAAAUGACUUUGGAAAAAAUAUCAGCCAGGACUAGCAUGCUGUUACAGGGCAACGCCACACCUACACCCCAUCCUCUCCCUCAGCCCCCACCAUGUUUAUUACUAUUACUACUACUACUAUUCUACAUCAGACUCCAUUACUGUACCUCCACUGCUAUCAAACCCCUCCACCUCGUCUCUUCUCCUGAGUCCUUUGGACGGUGCACCGCUGCGAGGCACGAGCGGAGAGGAGAGAGGCUGACGGCCGAGAGGAAUUACAAAAUAAAAGCUCUUCUGUUACCGGAGAUGUGACGCUGCAGAGACAGCAGCACCAUAAAGUGGCAGUAUCGUUCUUUUCCCUUCCCACUUUAUAUCCUUAUUUAUGGUGUCCCUGUUGUUGUGCCCUGUGUGUAUUUUUUUUGUUUUUGAUUGGUUCAGGAACUCUGCUGUUCCUGUGAUAACUGUCUGUGGUGGCCAGGGAAGCUGAAGGAAAGUUUCUUGUUCUGUUUAUUUUUUUUUAACCUUGAAUAGGUUUUAAAGUAUGCUAGAGAUAAGGGAAUGUCUUUUUAAGGUCUUGAUUUUGCACCGUGAUGAAUUUUAAGUUGAGCUGAUGAGAGUUGGCAACAUAAGUUGGAACUUCUUCUCAGAGGAAAGUGUGGGGUUACAGCCGGAGCCACUGGAGGAGUCCAACUUCUCACCUGCUGAAAUAAAGCUGCAUCUGAGUGUUGUUGGGGUUUUUUUUGGCAAAGUAAUAGCCUAUAAAAAAAACAAUUUUGGUGCAGUAUUGAUGCAGGAUUAAGUGCAUGAAUUGGGACUUCUCUAGUGGCGACCACUGUAGGCAUGACAGAAAUGAUCCUACAGACAAUGUGAUACAGGUAUAUUUAUUUUUAAACUAUUUAUAGAUAAAGUAAGGACGUUCUAGCGCCAUCAUUUUUACAUUUCUCAUCAUUUUAACAGUAGGGGUUUUUUUUGGAGGAAAAGUGGUUAACCAAGUACCUGUAGCUAUUUUGACAUGGAAGCCCGGGAACUUUAGCAUUAAACUCUAUAUAGACAGGUACAGUGAGUGUAUUUAUUAACAGCAGAGUUGAGCAUAAAAAGAGAAUGCAGAAGGACAGACAAGUUUACAAGAAAGGUCCAUUCCGUGUGUGUUUUUCUCAAAAAGCUGUAAAGUCUUACUUGUUUUGUUUGUCGUCUGUCUGCCUACAACAUUGCACUGAUCGUUUUUUUUUAGUGUUAUUUUUUUUCUGUGUGUGUUGUUUUUUUUUUUGGCCGUUACUGAACACAAGGGCCCAGCAGCGCCGCUUCACACCGACGCUUCCAUUGUUUACAGAGAGGAGGAGGAGGAGGAGGGGCCCCAUCAGACACGGCCAACUCCCAUCACUUCCUGUCUGGACCCCCAACCCCACCCCCGCGACAGUCGGCUCAGCCGCCACCGCCGCAGCAGCAGCAGGAUGGACUCAAGUGUAAAGAAUGUGCAUCUGUACAUAAACAAUAUCCUUCUCUGUAACUCUUUUGUUCUUUUCGUCAGUGUUAGUUGAAGGUGCUCCUGGAGACCUUUUUUAGUUUUGUUUUUUGGGGAUUUCUUCCAACCAAAUGGAAAGAAGAAAGUCAAGUGACUAUACUCCAAGUGUAUGACUGUAGCUUUUAGUGAUGUCCGACACUGCUGUCUAUAGGCAAGCCUCCUGAAUUUCCCCCAGCCACGAAACUCCACUGCAUGUACGAUGCUUGGGACAGCUGGGCUCUCGCCGCCCAACCCGUCGACCCCGUCCCGUCCCGCCCCGUCAUCGUCAUCACCAUGGUGACAGCCCGGCAAGCCACGUGUCUGUAUAUAGUGAAUGUUAAGUAUUUGCAAGUACUUUUCUUCAUUAUGUUCAUUUGUCUUUUUUUUUUCUUUUUUCUUUAUCUUUCUAUCAGAUCCAGUGUGUUUAGUGGAAGUUUCCUUUCAGGUCGCCAGGCCCUCCUGUGCAAGUGUGUAAUAUAUUUGAAUGUUCCAUGCUUGUGGACUCUGUAGUCAAUAGUCAUCCUAAAGGUCUUUUUUAAUUUUAUUUGUAUGUCAUAUACCGCUGGGUUUGUUAUACCACUGGAUGUACAAAUUGUAAAGCAAAGACACUAGAGAACUAAGGCAGACGCCAACUUUUUUUUUUUGUUUUCUAAAAGCUGAAAUGUGAUCAUGCAAUAGUUUUAAGGAUAGAGGGAGGUUAUAUUACAUUAAGGCCUCCGAAACUUUUGGGCCUCAUGUUUGCAUCAUCAGAAGGGUACGGUUAUGUCGUGAUUCCAAGUUUCACACCCCCCCAUCUCGCUAACCAACCACUGAUGUCACUUCUGCCCUAGAAAGACAACACACAGCAGCUAUUUUUGUUGUGCGUCAAAGGUCAUGACAAGGCUGUAGAUUUCAUAUCAGUACAGGUAACUAACCACUUAUGUUCUUAUCUGCCUUUUAAGUACUUGCAGGCUAGUGUUUUUUGUUUUUUAGGGCAGAGUUCAGCACUCCCAGCUCAUCCAGGACAUGAAUUCAAAGCCAUUUCAGCCCUCACUAGUUCUUCCAGCAGCCUAAACGGUGUCCUUUCUGUCUCCCCUCUCACCCUCACCACGUGGGAUAAUAAAAGAAUAAAAAAAAGACAAAGCACAUAAUCAUUUCCAGUGCCUCUCUGCCCACCUUCAGACAUCACUGUAACUCCGCUUCAGAUGUAAACAUAUGGGCAUGGUUCAGUUUUAAUGGCUUUAAUAAUAAAAUACAGUCAAAUGUGAA